AUGACGUUUGUUGAGUUUACGGAAACAACAACAACAACAACAACAACAAGCACAACAGAUGGCACAGCCACAACACUCAGCCAUUCCUCACUGCAUUCAACUGCAGAGACACCCAGCACAGAUACCGAGAAGUCGGCUCUUCCAGUGAGCACUGUGAUUCUGGAUAGCAGCACAGUGGCACCAAGUGCAACAUCCCAUUUCACCACAAAUAUUCCUCCUCAGACAGAGGUUUCUCAAAUCACUGGCACUAGUCAUACUGUUCCAAACACAGUACCCAUGGGCAGCACAAGUAGCGAUACAACUGAUACAGAAUCCAACACCCCACCUGCCUUCACAGAUAAAGUCUCCUCUACUGCGUCUUUAGCUUAUGAAGUUGGUGAUAAAAGUACAGCUUUUGUAGGAACCAAUCCAAUGAGUCACCCAAGCACUACAGCAGAGACCCUAGCAGAAAUAUCUUCCAACAGUCCAGCCACAACUGGAUUCUCCAAAGAAACAACUCCGCCUUUGUCAACAACAAGCACAAGGGAUGGCACAGCUACUUUAAACCCCUUAGCAACAGAAUCCAGCACCUCUUCUUCCUCCUCACCUGUAUCAGAGAGUGCUUCUCAGGCAAGCGAGCAAACUACUCCUAUCGGUGUCAGUGGGCAUGGCUCUACUGCCCCAAGUAACGCACGCACUGAAGAAACAUCCUCUACUCCUUCUGCGACUGUCACGGAAUCCAGCCUGGGCAUUACAUCCACCAAAGGUGCAUUGUCACCAGUUACUUCUGAACAGAAUACACAGGAGGGAAUAACAUCUUCCUCUAAGCAGACAACUCUGAAUGAUGUAACGGCAACGGACCACAGCCAUUCCUCACUGCAUUCAACUGCAGAGACACCCAGCUCAGAUACCGAGAAGUCGGCUCUUCCAGUGAGCACUGUGAUUCUGGAUAGCAGCACAGUGGCACCAAGUGCAACAUCCCAUUUCACCACAAAUAUUCCUCCUCAGACAGAGGUUUCUCAAAUCACUGGCACUAGUAAUACUGUUCCAAACACAGUACCCAUGGGCAGCACAAGUAGCGAUACAACUGAUACAGAAUCCAACACCCCACCUGCCUUCACAGACAAAGUCUCCUCUACUGCGUCUGUAGCUUCUGAAGUGGGUGAUAAAAGUACAGCUUUUGUAGGAACCAAUCCAAUGAGUCACCUAAGCACUACAGCAGAGACCCUAGCAGAAAUAUCUUCCAACAGUCCAGCCACAACUGGAUUCUCCAAAGAAACAACUCCGCCUUUGUCAACAACAAGCACAAGGGAUGGCACAGCUACUUUAAACCCCUUAGCAACAGAAUCCAGCACCUCUUCUUCCUCCUCACCUGUAUCAGAGAGUGCUUCUCAGGCAAGCGAGCAAACUGCUCCUAUCGGUGUCAGUGGGCAUGGCUCUACUGCCCCAAGUAACGCACGCACUGAAGAAACAUCCUCUACUCCUUCUGCGACUGUCACGGAAUCCAGUUUGGGCAUUACAUCCACGAAAGGUGCAUUGUCACCAAUCACCUCAGAACAGAAUACACAGGAGGGCAUAACAUCUUCCUCUAACCAGACAACUCUGAAUGAUGUAACGGGAACGGACCUCAGCCAUUCCUCACUGCAUUCAACUGCAGAGACACCCAGCACAGAUACCGAGAAGUCAGCUCUUCCAGUGAGCACUGUGAUUCUGGAUAGCAGCACAGUGGCACCAAGUGCAACAUCCCAUUUCACCACAAAUAUUCCUCCUCAGACAGAGGUUUCUCAAAUCACUGGCACUAGUAAUACUGUUCCAAACACAGUACCCAUGGGCAGCACAAGUAGCGAUACCACUGAUACAGAAUCCAACACCCCACCUGCCUUCACAGAUAAAGUCUCCUCUACUGCGUCUAUAGCUUCUGAAGUGGGUGAUAAAAGUACAGCUUUUGUAGGAACCAAUCCAAUGAGUCACCCAAGCACUACAGCAGAGACCCUAGCAGAAAUAUCUUCCAACAGUCCAGCCACAACUGGAUUCUCCAAAGAAACAACUCCGCCUUUGUCAACAACAAGCACAAGGGAUGGCACAGCUACUUUAAACCCCUUAGCAACAGAAUCCAGCACCUCUUCUUCCUCCUCACCUGUAUCAGAGAGUGCUUCUCAGGCAAGCGAGCAAACUACUCCUAUCGGUGUCAGUGGGCAUGGCUCUACUGCCCCAAGUAACGCACGCACUGAAGAAACAUCCUCUACUCCUUCUGCGACUGUCACGGAAUCCAGAAUGGGCAUUACAUCCACCAAAGGUGCAUUGUCACCAGUUACUUCUGAACAGAAUACACAGGAGGGAAUAACAUCUUCCUCUAAGCAGACAACUCUGAAUGAUGUAACGGCAACGGACCACAGCCAUUCCUCACUGCAUUCAACUGCAGAGACACCCAGCACAGAUACCGAGAAGUCAGCUCUUGCAGUGAGCACUGUGAUUCUGGAUAGCAGCACAGUGGCACCAAGUGCAACAUCCCAUUUCACCACAAAUAUUCCUCCUCAGACAGAGGUUUCUCAAAUCACUGGCACUAGUAAUACUGUUCCAAACACAGUACCCAUGGGCAGCACAAGUAGCGAUACAACUGAUACAGAAUCCAACAGCCCACCUGCCUUCACAGACAAAGUCUCCUCUACUGCGUCUGUAGCUUCUGAAGUGGGUGAUAAAAGUACAGCUUUUGUAGGAACCAAUCCAAUGAGUCACCUAAGCACUACAGCAGAGACCCCAGCAGAAAUAUCUUCCAACAGUCCAGCCACAACUGGAUUCUCCAAAGAAACAACUCCGCCUUUGUCAACAACAAGCACAAGGGAUGGCACAGCUACUUUAAACCCCUUAGCAACAGAAUCCAGCACCUCUUCUUCCUCCUCACCUGUAUCAGAGAGUGCUUCUCAGGCAAGCGAGCAAACUGCUCCUAUCGGUGUCAGUGGGCAUGGCUCUACUGCCCCAAGUAACGCACGCACUGAAGAAACAUCCUCUACUCCUUCUGCGACUGUCACGGAAUCCAGUUUGGGCAUUACAUCCACCAAAGGUGCAUUGUCACCAGUCACCUCAGAACAGAAUACACAGGAGGGCAUAACAUCUUCCUCUAACCAGACAACUCUGAAUGAUGUAACGGGAACGGACCUCAGCCAUUCCUCACUGCAUUCAACUGCAGAGACACCCAGCUCAGAUACCGAGAAGUCGGCUCUUCCGGUGAGCACUGUGAUUCUGGAAAGCAGCACAGUGGCACCAAGUGCAACAUCCCAUUUCACCACAAAUAUUCCUCCUCAGACAGAGGUUUCUCAAAUCACUGGCACUAGUAAUACUGUUCCAAACACAGUACCCAUGGGCAGCACAAGUAGCGAUACAACUGAUACAGAAUCCAACAGCCCACCUGCCUUCACAGACAAAGUCUCCUCUACUGCGUCUGUAGCUUCUGAAGUGGGUGAUAAAAGUACAGCUUUUGUAGGAACCAAUCCAAUGAGUCACCUAAGCACUACAGCAGAGACCCCAGCAGAAAUAUCUUCCAACAGUCCAGCCACAACUGGAUUCUCCAAAGAAACAACUCCGCCUUUGUCAACAACAAGCACAAGGGAUGGCACAGCUACUUUAAACCCCUUAGCAACAGAAUCCAGCACCUCUUCUUCCUCCUCACCUGUAUCAGAGAGUGCUUCUCAGGCAAGCGAGCAAACUGCUCCUAUCGGUGUCAGUGGGCAUGGCUCUACUGCCCCAAGUAACGCACGCACUGAAGAAACAUCCUCUACUCCUUCUGCGACUGUCACGGAAUCCAGCCUGGGCAUUACAUCCACCAAAGGUGCAUUGUCACCAGUCACCUCAGAACAGAAUACACAGGAGGGCAUAACAUCUUCCUCUAACCAGACAACUCUGAAUGAUGUAACGGGAACGGACCUCAGCCAUUCCUCACUGCAUUCAACUGCAGAGACACCCAGCUCAGAUACCGAGAAGUCGGCUCUUCCGGUGAGCACUGUGAUUCUGGAUAGCAGCACAGUGGCACCAAGUGCAACAUCCCAUUUCACCACAAAUAUUCCUCCUCAGACAGAGGUUUCUCAAAUCACUGGCACUAGUAAUACUGUUCCAAACACAGUACCCAUGGGCAGCACAAGUAGCGAUACAACUGAUACAGAAUCCAACACCCCACCUGCCUUCACAGACAAAGUCUCCUCUACUGCGUCUGUAGCUUCUGAAGUGGGUGAUAAAAGUACAGCUUUUGUAGGAACCAAUCCAAUGAGUCACCUAAGCACUACAGCAGAGACCCCAGCAGAAAUAUCUUCCAACAGUCCAGCCACAACUGGAUUCUCCAAAGAAACAACUCCGCCUUUGUCAACAACAAGCACAAGGGAUGGCACAGCUACUUUAAACCCCUUAGCAACAGAAUCCAGCACCUCUUCUUCCUCCUCACCUGUAUCAGAGAGUGAUUCUCAGGCAAGCGAGCAAACUACUCCUAUCGGUGUCAGUGGGCAUGGCUCUACUGCCCCAAGUAACGCACGCACUGAAGAAACAUCCUCUACUCCUUCUGCGACUGUCACGGAAUCCAGCCUGGGCAUUACAUCCACCAAAGGUGCAUUGUCACCAGUUACUUCUGAACAGAAUACACAGGAGGGAAUAACAUCUUCCUCUAAGCAGACAACUCUGAAUGAUGUAACGGGAACGGACCACAGCCAUUCCUCACUGCAUUCAACUGCAGAGACACCCAGCACAGAUACCGAGAAGUCAGCUCUUCCAGUGAGCACUGUGAUUCUGGAUAGCAGCACAGUGGCACCAAGUGCAACAUCCCAUUUCACCACAAAUAUUCCUCCUCAGACAGAGGUUUCUCAAAUCACUGGCACUAGUAAUACUGUUCCAAACACAGUACCCAUGGGCAGCACAAGUAGCGAUACAACUGAUACAGAAUCCAACACCCCACCUGCCUUCACAGACAAAGUCUCCUCUACUGCGUCUGUAGCUUCUGAAGUGGGUGAUAAAAGUACAGCUUUUGUAGGAACCAAUCCAAUGAGUCACCUAAGCACUACAGCAGAGACCCCAGCAGAAAUAUCUUCCAACAGUCCAGCCACAACUGGAUUCUCCAAAGAAACAACUCCGCCUUUGUCAACAACAAGCACAAGGGAUGGCACAGCUACUUUAAACCCCUUAGCAACAGAAUCCAGCACCUCUUCUUCCUCCUCACCUGUAUCAGAGAGUGCUUCUCAGGCAAGCGAGCAAACUGCUCCUAUCGGUGUCAGUGGGCAUGGCUCUACUGCCCCAAGUAACGCACGCACUGAAGAAACAUCCUCUACUCCUUCUGCGACUGUCACGGAAUCCAGCCUGGGCAUUACAUCCACCAAAGGUGCAUUGUCACCAGUUACUUCUGAACAGAAUACACAGGAGGGAAUAACAUCUUCCUCUAAGCAGACAACUCUGAAUGAUGUAACAGCAACGGACCACAGCCAUUCCUCACUGCAUUCAACUGCAGAGACACCCAGCACAGAUACCGAGAAGUCGGCUCUUCCAGUGAGCACUGUGAUUUUGGAUAGCAGCACAGUGGCACCAAGUGCAACAUCCCAUUUCCCCACAAAUAUUCCUCCUCAGACAGAGGUUUCUCAAAUCACUGGCACUAGUAAUACUGUUCCAAACACAGUACCCAUGGGCAGCACAAGUAGCGAUACAACUGAUACAGAAUCCAACACCCCACCUGCCUUCACAGACAAAGUCUCCUCUACUGCGUCUGUAGCCUCUGAAGUGGGUGAUAAAAGUACAGCUUUUGUAGGAACCAAUCCAAUGAGUCACCUAAGCACUACAGCAGAGACCCCAGCAGAAAUAUCUUCCAACAGUCCAGCCACAACUGGAUUCUCCAAAGAAACAACUCCGCCUUUGUCAACAACAAGCACAAGGGAUGGCACAGCUACUUUAAACCCCUUAGCAACAGAAUCCAGCACCUCUUCUUCCUCCUCACCUGUAUCAGAGAGUGCUUCUCAGGCAAGCGAGCAAACUGCUCCUAUCGGUGUCAGUGGGCAUGGCUCUACUGCCCCAAGUAACGCACGCACUGAAGAAACAUCCUCUACUCCUUCUGCGACUGUCACGGAAUCCAGUUUGGGCAUUACAUCCACCAAAGGUGCAUUGUCACCAGUCACCUCAGAACAGAAUACACAGGAGGGCAUAACAUCUUCCUCUAACCAGACAACUCUGAAUGAUGUAACGGGAACGGACCUCAGCCAUUCCUCACUGCAUUCAACUGCAGAGACACCCAGCUCAGAUACCGAGAAGUCGGCUCUUCCGGUGAGCACUGUGAUUCUGGAUAGCAGCACAGUGGCACCAAGUGCAACAUCCCAUUUCACCACAAAUAUUCCUCCUCAGACAGAGGUUUCUCAAAUCACUGGCACUAGUAAUACUGUUCCAAACACAGUACCCAUGGGCAGCACAAGUAGCGAUACAACUGAUACAGAAUCCAACACCCCACCUGCCUUCACAGACAAAGUCUCCUCUACUGCGUCUGUAGCUUCUGAAGUGGGUGAUAAAAGUACAGCUUUUGUAGGAACCAAUCCAAUGAGUCACCUAAGCACUACAGCAGAGACCCCAGCAGAAAUAUCUUCCAACAGUCCAGCCACAACUGGAUUCUCCAAAGAAACAACUCCGCCUUUGUCAACAACAAGCACAAGGGAUGGCACAGCUACUUUAAACCCCUUAGCAACAGAAUCCAGCACCUCUUCUUCCUCCUCACCUGUAUCAGAGAGUGCUUCUCAAGCAAGCGAGCAAACUACUCCUAUCGGUGUCAGUGGGCAUGGCUCUACUGCCCCAAGUAACGCACGCACUGAAGAAACAUCCUCUACUCCUUCUGCGACUGUCACGGAAUCCAGCCUGGGCAUUACAUCCACCAAAGGUGCAUUGUCACCAGUUACUUCUGAACAGAAUACACAGGAGGGAAUAACAUCUUCCUCUAAGCAGACAACUCUGAAUGAUGUAACGGGAACGGACCACAGCCAUUCCUCACUGCAUUCAACUGCAGAGACACCCAGCACAGAUACCGAGAAGUCGGCUCUUCCAGUGAGCACUGUGAUUCUGGAUAGCAGCACAGUGGCACCAAGUGCAACAUCCCAUUUCACCACAAAUAUUCCUCCUCAGACAGAGGUUUCUCAAAUCACUGGCACUAGUAAUACUGUUCCAAACACAGUACCCAUGGGCAGCACAAGUAGCGAUACAACUGAUACAGAAUCCAACACCCCACCUGCCUUCACAGACAAAGUCUCCUCUACUGCGUCUGUAGCUUCUGAAGUGGGUGAUAAAAGUACAGCUUUUGUAGGAACCAAUCCAAUGAGUCACCUAAGCACUACAGCAGAGACCCCAGCAGAAAUAUCUUCCAACAGUCCAGCCACAACUGGAUUCUCCAAAGAAACAACUCCGCCUUUGUCAACAACAAGCACAAGGGAUGGCACAGCUACUUUAAACCCCUUAGCAACAGAAUCCAGCACCUCUUCUUCCUCCUCACCUGUAUCAGAGAGUGCUUCUCAGGCAAGCGAGCAAACUGCUCCUAUCGGUGUCAGUGGGCAUGGCUCUACUGCCCCAAGUAACGCACGCACUGAAGAAACAUCCUCUACUCCUUCUGCGACUGUCACGGAAUCCAGUUUGGGCAUUACAUCCACCAAAGGUGCAUUGUCACCAGUCACCUCAGAAAAGAAUACACAGGAGGGCAUAACAUCUUCCUCUAACCAGACAACUCUGAAUGAUGUAACGGGAACGGACCUCAGCCAUUCCUCACUGCAUUCAACUGCAGAGACACCCAGCUCAGAUACCGAGAAGUCGGCUCUUCCGGUGAGCACUGUGAUUCUGGAUAGCAGCACAGUGGCACCAAGUGCAACAUCCCAUUUCACCACAAAUAUUCCUCCUCAGACAGAGGUUUCUCAAAUCACUGGCACUAGUAAUACUGUUCCAAACACAGUACCCAAGGGCAGCACAAGUAGCGAUACAACUGAUACAGAAUCCAACACCCCACCUGCCUUCACAGACAAAGUCUCCUCUACUGCGUCUGUAGCCUCUGAAGUGGGUGAUAAAAGUACAGCUUUUGUAGGAACCAAUCCAAUGAGUCACCUAAGCACUACAGCAGAGACCCCAGCAGAAAUAUCUUCCAACAGUCCAGCCUCAACUGGAUUCUCCAAAGAAACAACUCCGCCUUUGUCAACAACAAGCACAAGGGAUGGCACAGCUACUUUAAACCCCUUAGCAACAGAAUCCAGCACCUCUUCUUCCUCCUCACCUGUAUCAGAGAGUGCUUCUCAGGCAAGCGAGCAAACUACUCCUAUCGGUGUCAGUGGGCAUGGCUCUACUGCCCCAAGUAACGCACGCACUGAAGAAACAUCCUCUACUCCUUCUGCGACUGUCACGGAAUCCAGCCUGGGCAUUACAUCCACCAAAGGUGCAUUGUCACCAGUUACUUCUGAACAGAAUACACAGGAGGGAAUAACAUCUUCCUCUAAGCAGACAACUCUGAAUGAUGUAACGGGAACGGACCACAGCCAUUCCUCACUGCAUUCAACUGCAGAGACACCUAGCACAGAUACCGAGAAGUCAGCUCUUAAAGUGAGCACUGUGAUUCUGGAUAGCAGCACAGUGGCACCAAGUGCAACAUCCCAUUUCCCCACAAAUAUUCCUCCUCAGACAGAGGUUUCUCAAAUCACUGGCACUAGUAAUACUGUUCCAAACACAGUACCCAUGGGCAGCACAAGUAGCGAUACAACUGAUACAGAAUCCAACACCCCACCUGCCUUCACAGACAAAGUCUCCUCUACUGCGUCUGUAGCUUCUGAAGUGGGUGAUAAAAGUACAGCUUUUGUAGGAACCAAUCCAAUGAGUCACCUAAGCACUACAGCAGAGACCCCAGCAGAAAUAUCUUCCAACAGUCCAGCCACAACUGGAUUCUCCAAAGAAACAACUCCGCCUUUGUCAACAACAAGCACAAGGGAUGGCACAGCUACUUUAAACCCCUUAGCAACAGAAUCCAGCACCUCUUCUUCCUCCUCACCUGUAUCAGAGAGUGCUUCUCAGGCAAGCGAGCAAACUGCUCCUAUCGGUGUCAGUGGGCAUGGCUCUACUGCCCCAAGUAACGCACGCACUGAAGAAACAUCCUCUACUCCUUCUGCGACUGUCACGGAAUCCAGUUUGGGCAUUACAUCCACCAAACGUGCAUUGUCACCAGUCACCUCAGAACAGAAUACACAGGAGGGCAUAACAUCUUCCUCUAACCAGACAACUCUGAAUGAUGUAACGGGAACGGACCUCAGCCAUUCCUCACUGCAUUCAACUGCAGAGACACCCAGCUCAGAUACCGAGAAGUCGGCUCUUCCGGUGAGCACUGUGAUUCUGGAUAGCAGCACAGUGGCACCAAGUGCAACAUCCCAUUUCACCACAAAUAUUCCUCCUCAGACAGAGGUUUCUCAAAUCACUGGCACUAGUAAUACUGUUCCAAACACAGUACCCAUGGGCAGCACAAGUAGCGAUACAACUGAUACAGAAUCCAACACCCCACCUGCCUUCACAGACAAAGUCUCCUCUACUGCGUCUGUAGCUUCUGAAGUGGGUGAUAAAAGUACAGCUUUUGUAGGAACCAAUCCAAUGAGUCACCUAAGCACUACAGCAGAGACCCCAGCAGAAAUAUCUUCCAACAGUCCAGCCACAACUGGAUUCUCCAAAGAAACAACUCCGCCUUUGUCAACAACAAGCACAAGGGAUGGCACAGCUACUUUAAACCCCUUAGCAACAGAAUCCAGCACCUCUUCUUCCUCCUCACCUGUAUCAGAGAGUGCUUCUCAGGCAAGCGAGCAAACUACUCCUAUCGGUGUCAGUGGGCAUGGCUCUACUGCCCCAAGUAACGCACGCACUGAAGAAACAUCCUCUACUCCUUCUGCGACUGUCACGGAAUCCAGCCUGGGCAUUACAUCCACCAAAGGUGCAUUGUCACCAGUUACUUCUGAACAGAAUACACAGGAGGGAAUAACAUCUUCCUCUAAGCAGACAACUCUGAAUGAUGUAACGGCAACGGACCACAGCCAUUCCUCACUGCAUUCAACUGCAGAGACACCCAGCACAGAUACCGAGAAGUCAGCUCUUCCAGUGAGCACUGUGAUUCUGGAUAGCAGCACAGUGGCACCAAGUGCAACAUCCCAUUUCACCACAAAUAUUCCUCCUCAGACAGAGGUUUCUCAAAUCACUGGCACUAGUAAUACUGUUCCAAACACAGUACCCAUGGGCAGCACAAGUAGCGAUACCACUGAUACAGAAUCCAACACCCCACCUGCCUUCACAGACAAAGUCUCCUCUACUGCGUCUGUAGCUUCUGAAGUGGGUGAUAAAAGUACAGCUUUUGUAGGAACCAAUCCAAUGAGUCACCUAAGCACUACAGCAGAGACCCUAGCAGAAAUAUCUUCCAACAGUCCAGCCACCACUGGAUUCUCCAAAGAAACAACUCCGCCUUUGUCAACAACAAGCACAAGGGAUGGCACAGCUACUUUAAACCCCUUAGCAACAGAAUCCAGCACCUCUUCUUCCUCCUCACCUGUAUCAGAGAGUGCUUCUCAGGCAAGUGAGCAAACUGCUUCUAUCGGUGUCAGUGGGCAUGGCUCUACUGCCCCAAGUAACGCACGCACUGAAGAAACAUCCUCUACUCCUUCUGCGACUGUCACGGAAUCCAGCCUGGGCAUUACAUCCACCAAAGGUGCAUUGUCACCAGUUACUUCUGAACAGAAUACACAGGAGGGAAUAACAUCUUCCUCUAAGCAGACAACUCUGAAUGAUGUAACGGCAACGGACCACAGCCAUUCCUCACUGCAUUCAACUGCAGAGACACCCAGCACAGAUACCGAGAAGUCGGCUCUUCCAGUGAGCACUGUGAUUUUGGAUAGCAGCACAGUGGCACCAAGUGCAACAUCCCAUUUCCCCACAAAUAUUCCUCCUCAGACAGAGGUUUCUCAAAUCACUGGCACUAGUAAUACUGUUCCAAACACAGUACCCAUGGGCAGCACAAGUAGCGAUACAACUGAUACAGAAUCCAACACCCCACCUGCCUUCACAGACAAAGUCUCCUCUACUGCGUCUGUAGCUUCUGAAGUGGGUGAUAAAAGUACAGCUUUUGUAGGAACCAAUCCAAUGAGUCACCUAAGCACUACAGCAGAGACCCCAGCAGAAAUAUCUUCCAACAGUCCAGCCACAACUGGAUUCUCCAAAGAAACAACUCCGCCUUUGUCAACAACAAGCACAAGGGAUGGCACAGCUACUUUAAACCCCUUAGCAACAGAAUCCAGCACCUCUUCUUCCUCCUCACCUGUAUCAGAGAGUGCUUCUCAGGCAAGCGAGCAAACUGCUCCUAUCGGUGUCAGUGGGCAUGGCUCUACUGCCCCAAGUAACGCACGCACUGAAGAAACAUCCUCUACUCCUUCUGCGACUGUCACGGAAUCCAGUUUGGGCAUUACAUCCACCAAAGGUGCAUUGUCACCAGUCACCUCAGAACAGAAUACACAGGAGGGCAUAACAUCUUCCUCUAACCAGACAACUCUGAAUGAUGUAACGGGAACGGACCUCAGCCAUUCCUCACUGCAUUCAACUGCAGAGACACCCAGCACAGAUACCGAGAAGUCAGCUCUUCCAGUGAGCACUGUGAUUCUGGAUAGCAGCACAGUGGCACCAAGUGCAACAUCCCAUUUCACCACAAAUAUUCCUCCUCAGACAGAGGUUUCUCAAAUCACUGGCACUAGUAAUACUGUUCCAAACACAGUACCCAUGGGCAGCACAAGUAGCGAUACAACUGAUACAGAAUCCGACACCCCACCUGCCUUCACAGACAAAGUCUCCUCUACUGCGUCUGUAGCUUCUGAAGUGGGUGAUAAAAGUACAGCUUUUGUAGGAACCAAUCCAAUGAGUCACCUAAGCACUACAGCAGAGACCCCAGCAGAAAUAUCUUCCAACAGUCCAGCCACAACUGGAUUCUCCAAAGAAACAACUCCGCCUUUGUCAACAACAAGCACAAGGGAUGGCACAGCUACUUUAAACCCCUUAGCAACAGAAUCCAGCACCUCUUCUUCCUCCUCACCUGUAUCAGAGAGUGCUUCUCAGGCAAGCGAGCAAACUGCUCCUAUCGGUGUCAGUGGGCAUGGCUCUACUGCCCCAAGUAAUGCACGCACUGAAGAAACAUCCUCUACUCCUUCUGCGACUGUCACGGAAUCCAGUUUGGGCAUUACAUCCACCAAAGGUGCAUUGUCACCAGUCACCUCAGAACAGAAUACACAGGAGGGCAUAACAUCUUCCUCUAACCAGACAACUCUGAAUGAUGUAACGGGAACGGACCUCAGCCAUUCCUCACUGCAUUCAACUGCAGAGACACCCAGCACAGAUACCGAGAAGUCGGCUCUUCCGGUGAGCACUGUGAUUCUGGAUAGCAGCACAGUGGCCCCAACUGCAACAUCCCGUUUCACCACAAAUAUUCCUCCUCAGACAGAGGUUUCUCAAAUCACUGGCACUAGUAAUACUGUUCCAAACACAGUACCCAUGGGCAGCACAAGUAACGAUACAACUGAUACGGAAUCUAACACCCCAUCUGCCUUCACAGACAAAGUCUCCUCUACUGCAUCUGUAGCUUCUGAAGUGGCUGAUAAAAGUACAGCUUUUGUAGGAACCAAUCCAAUGACUCAUCUAAGCACUAUGGCUCACACUCCAGCAGAAAUAUCUUCCACAACUAUAUUCUCUUCUGCCCUCACUGGUUUAGGCACUUCAUUUUCAUUAACAUCUGUAACUUCAUCUGAAUCUAAUUCUAUUUCAAAUACUGUCCAAAUUUCUACACUUACUGACAUGAUAAAUGCCAGUGAAACCGUUACGAUGUCCUCCACAACACCUAAAUCUGUCAUACCUAUCACUGUUCUGAACACUACAAUAUCUCAGAUUUCUUCUACUUUUUCCACACCCAACAUAGCUGUUUCCCCACCAACUACAGCCACAACAAUAAUUUCUGCUAGUCCCACAAAGACAUCAUUAACUAGCAGAUCCACAGUUAUUGUUGCUACAAUUGUAACAGCAGGAGAUACUUCCUCGAAGAAUACAAAGCCCACAGUUAGAAUUACUGCACCUGAAGCUGGCACUGUUUCAUCUAUGACACAAAAAACAUUACCACAAGGAACUUGCACUUCACUUAUUUUUUCCAUUCAACUUGAGAAAGUAACCAGUGAAGUGAUACAAUUGAAUUGGACACCUCAAGGUGGGACAAGAGAUAGCCCUUACACUGUGUAUCUGUUGAGGGAUAACAUGGUGAGGAAUAAGAGCACUACGAACGAAACACGGAUAGCAUUUGGAGAUCUAGUUCCUGGUUAUGAAUAUAUAAUAUCUGUGGAAGUUUUAACUUGUGCUAAGAAGAUCAAUACUUCAAAGAGAGUUCGCACAGAAGCUAAAACAUUUGACGGAAAAACCAGGAUUACAAAUGAAAAUUUCAAACCUGAGUAUAACAACAAAUCAAGUGAAGAAUUUAAGGAUUUUGAAAAGAAGUUCAUUGGGGAGAUAAGAAAAAACUUGCCACCUGAGAUGCAAAGGUUACUAGACGAAGGAAAAAUGCGUAUAGUAAUCAACAAUCUUAGAAGUGGCAGCAUAUUUGUGGACUUUAUGAUUGUUUUGGAUGUAGGAGAAAAUGUAACAAAAACAGAGCUCACAACUGCUUUUACAGAGGCCUUUAACAACAGUACAGAAUUUCAAACGGACCGCAACAGUACACUUAUAGAAGAAACAAAUAGUUGUGAGACGGGAUUAGAUGACUGUUCUGAACAUGCCACAUGCCACGCUAGUGGGCCAUCUUAUUCCUGUCAGUGUCAGUCUGGAUUCACAGACUUCAGUCCCAGUGUACCUGGGAGAGAUUGCCGAGAACCAGCUGGAGAGCCUGUGACAAUUGCACCAUCAAGACAGCCAUCUACAUCAAAGCCAUCUGUUGAAAGCAUUAGCCCCACACAAAAAUCUGAAACUGCACCUGCAACUUCUAUAAACACAACAGUUCCAUUACCAAUGCUGAGUCCACAAUCUACAUCACUCAUAUAUCCAACCACAGACACAAUAGCAACUACAGAGACACAUUUUUCAACACCUGCCACCACUGAAACACAUGUAACUUUGCCAGUAUCUUCAUCAGUAGCUACAAUAUCCACAUAUACAUAUUCGGUAAAUAAUACAUCCUUGGAAACUACCCACUUAGGAACUAUUGCUACGGAGUCCACUGCAGCUCCCGUGUCCAAUGCAGUGCUAACAAAUGGCACUUCUAGGCCUUCUUCUACUAUGGACACUAAUGAUAUAUCUACAGCUCCUUCCACAAGUACUCUUCUGGAUGCCACAAAAACACCUUCACCUGUUUCCAGCACACAAAAAUCCUUAUCGCCUACGGCUUCUUCCACAGAGAGAAUUUCUACAGGGUCAUCAAAUAUAUCAUCUGCUGAUACUUCCAGAGCAACUCUGACUACUCCCUUAGGAACGAUUGUGACGCAGUCCACUGCAGCUCCUGUGUCUAAUGCAGUGCUAACAAAUGGCACUUCUAGGCCUUCUUCUACUAUGGACACUAAUGAUAUAUCUACAGCUCCUUCCACAAGUACUCUUCCAGAUGCCACAAAGACAUCUUCUCCUGUUUCCACCACACAAAUAUCCUUAUCGUCUACAGCUUAUUCCACAGAAAGAAUUUCUACAGGUUCAUCAGGUACCUCAUCUACUCAUACGACCAGAGUAACUAUGAUUGUGGAACCCAGCACUACUUCUGGGAGUUCAACCACAAAAAUGCCAACAACAUUUUCUACAAUCCCUGUGACAUCUCCAUACAGGUCUACGAUUUCAACAUCUCCAGAGACUUUCAACAGGACGACAAGGUCUACAGUUAUAGUUACAGGGUCUACAACAAAUCCUAUUUUAACUACCACAUCAGGAGCUUGCACUUCACUUGAUUUUUCCAUACAACUUGAGACUGUAACCAGUGAUAUGAUACAAUUCAAUUGGACACCACAAGGUGGCGGUAUAGCUUAUACAGCUUCUCUGUUGGGAGAUGAAGAGGUGAAAAAAACCACUACAUAUAAAACAAGCAUAGCAUAUGAACAUUUGCUUCCCGGCCAGGAAUAUAUAAUAUCUGUGGAGGUUUUAACCUGUGGUAAGAAGACCAAUACUUCAAUGACGGUUCAGACAGCAUCCAAAAACUUCAAAGGACAAACCAGGUUGAUAGAUAAAGUGUUCAACCCUCAGUACAGAAACAAAUCAAGUACAGCAUUUAAAGACUUUGAAAAGAAUUUCACUGACGAGAUAGGGGAAAAAUUGACAGGCGAGUUCAAAAACUUAUUUGACAUGCGGAAAUUGCGUAUAGUAAUUGACAAUCUUAGCAAUGGCAGUGUGACUGUGCUCUUCAACAUGGUGAUGCCUGUGCAACAAAACUUAACACAAACAACGGUCUUCGAUGCUUUAAUAAAAGCCCUGAACAAAAGCGCUCUGGGGCGAGUGGACUUCAACAGCACUUUUAUAGAAGCGGGAAACAGCUGUGAAACAGGAUCAAAAAUCUGUUCUGAACAUGCCUCAUGCAUCCGUGAAGAGGCAACUUAUUCCUGUAAGUGUAAGGAUGGAUUCUAUGACCACAGUCCCCGUGUACCAGGGAGAGAUUGCCAAGACAUAAAUGAAUGUGCUACUAACACGUCAUCAUGUUCACGCUUGGCCACAUGCAACAACACUGUAGGAAGUUAUGAAUGUAACUGUAAUCCAGGAAUAAAAGAUGGGAAUCCAACAAAUCCUGGAAGACAAUGUAAAGACCCUGUUCUCUGCUUCAGCAGUGCUAACCGUUGCUCAACACAAAAUAAUGACUGUCUUGACUCCAAAAAUCGGAUAUGCUCAAGUAAACAAGCUUUUGCUUGUGAAAUUUUGUUCAAAAACUUGGUGUUUGGUCCUGAACUUUAUAACUCUGAAAGUCAAAGGUAUCAGAAUUUGUCCCAAAGCAUCACAACAGACGUUGUUAAACAAAUGCGAAUUAGUCUGAGAGAUGACAGCUUUGAUAUCAUAGUGGUUGGAUUCAGACCUGGGAGUGUGAUCGCCUAUUUCGUUUCUCUACUACAAGGACAACAGUCCAUUGACGCAAAUACUCUUCAAGCAAAUUUAAGUAAAAUAGUAAAGAAUGUGUUUGGUAAUGAAACUGAAGUAACAGUACAAUCAAUCCCAACAUCUGAAACAAAUCUGGCCUGGAAAACAGCGGUGAUUGUCCUUGGAGUUCUACUUGGAGUUGCAUUAAUACUUGCUAUGCUGAUACUGGCAGUGUGCCUUUGGAUGAGGUCUACAGCUGGUGAAUAUUGGCUUGAACCUAAAGGACUCAUGGGAAAUUUUGCCUACCAUUACUUAUAAGCCUUCACUUUGACUUAGAAAUGAUUUCACUCACUACCUUAAAAUAGAUUUAAUAGAGAGAUUUUAAUGUAUCUUUUUAUCUGAAGUACUUACAUGACACUCCGUGCCCCCCAUUACAGUUGUACCUGAGUGCCUCACAAUCUUUAAUGUAUUUAUCUUCACAACAGCUUUGUGAGGUAGGGAAGUGCUAUUAUCCUCAUUUUAUUAAGGAGGAACUGAGCCACAGAGAGACUAAGUGACCUACCCUGAGAAGUCUGUGGCAGAGCUCGGAGUUCCAUGCUAGUGACCCAAGGAAAUGAAAUGGCCAUAAAUGGCAGUUAUAGAUUAGAUAUGUGGUGUUAGAGUUAUAAACAAAAAAGAGUUGAUGCUUCUACAGAAAUCACCAGCAACAUUUCCAUUGUCUUAAAUGGGAACAUGAUGAAGCCCACUAUUAUGGUCCAUAUUUUGCUCUUGGAAGUACUUAACUUCAAGGAGAGCUGUAUAUAUGCAUCUAAUGGCAGAACUUGACUCUUUGUGUGCCUGUGUGUUUACUACAUUCAUUUAGUUUUAACCCAUCACAUAAAUUCACUAUACAAAGUGUGGCUUGGCAUGUACCUACAUGUCUUACGCACAUCACAAAUGAACUUAUACAUAUGAAUACUCUACACAACUCCAUGAUUAUCUUCUUUCGUUUUGACCAAUGAGCACAGUUUGCAAUAAACAAAUAAAAUCUUUAUAAAGUAUGUUGACUUUAAAUACACAUGUAUGUGUGAUCUAAAAAGAAACUGCCAAAUGUAAAAUUUUAACAUACCACUGAAAGGGAAGGAAGAUGAUCUGGGGAGGAACAGAUUAACUCAUUUUUACCAAUUAGAAAUGAUUAGACAAAAAUCUGACAUAUAAUCUCAUUUCACUUUUGCCUGAUCCAAAGCCCAUUGAAGUCAAUGGAAAGACUCAGGGAUUUCACUAGGCAUUAAAUCAGACCCUGUAUAUUUUAUAAUCAUAAAAUAUUUUACAGAGUUUUCCUUAUCUUCAUCACACCUAGACUGUAAACUCUUUGGAACAGGACCUGUUUACAUUUUUUGUGUAUUUUACAGCACUGAGCAUACUAAUAAAUAGUAAUAAUAAUUA